CUUGAAUGUGACUUGGAGCGCAGUGAGUGGAGAUCAUGUCCGCCGUCACAGGCAAACUGGACUUACCUCCACUGUCGUUCCCAAUUCCGUCUCCAUGAAAUAACACGAACGCGGGGCCUCAGGAAUGGCCAACUCGGGUGCCGUUCAGGUGAAACUCGAACUCGGCCACCGCGCCCAGUUCCGAAAGAAACCCACGGUGGAAGGCUUCACCCACGACUGGAUGGUGUUCGUCCGAGGACCAGAGCACAGCAACAUUCAGCACUUUGUGGAGAAGGUCGUCUUUCACUUGCACGAGAGCUUCCCGAAACCAAAAAGAGUUUGCAAGGAUCCACCAUACAAAGUGGAGGAGUCUGGAUACGCCGGCUUCAUCUUGCCUAUUGAAGUUUACUUCAGGAAUAAGGAAGAGCCGAAGAAAGUCCGCUUCGACUACGACCUUUUCCUCCACCUGGAGGGCCACCCGCCUGUCAAUCAUCUCCGUUGCGAGAAACUCACGUUCAACAAUCCUACAGAAGAGUUUCGGCGCAAACUACUGCGAGCCGGAGGGCAACGGGAUCCGCACAAACGCACCUCUGAGGACUCAAAAGUGAUGGUAAUGCAGGAGGGCUCAACAUCUUUGUUUGGGGCGCACAUGAAGCUCCCUACGCUUCCCAACAGUUCCUUGGCGUCCACUUUCUCCGACCCCAGGAAGAGCAAAAGCUCCCACGGGCCCAAGGAUGGCUCCAAAGGAAGCGGUACGACCCUUCUCACGACGGCCACCACCACCACCAGCACCAACAGCACCAGCUUCUCCAAACUCCACAAGCCUUCCAAGGACCACAAAGACAAGCCGCCAAAAGACUUGAAAGAGACCAAAAGUGCCUUCAGAGACUCGUGCUGGGAGUCCAGCAAAGCCCUGAAAGAUCCUUCCAGAAAACCCAAAGAGAACCAGCCACUUCGAAAUAGCAAUCCUAAAAUGGGAUUCAAGGAACCCAAGUCUUUAUCUCAUCGGAGCGAGGUGUCCAACCACGAGUCGAACAAGCGCCUGUCUGCGCCCGACGGGGAUCAUCACGUAACCAAAAAACGCAAAAGGGGAUUGGUGGAUUUGUCUGGGAAGCAGACAUCCGGGUCAGAUGCUCAACAUUCCGAUAAGAAAAUACUGAAGGACAGGCCGCAGAUGCAAAGCAGUAAAUUGCAUCCAGGGAGUGAUGAAGCGGCGCACCGGAAGGCAUCGGCGCUUCCGCCAUUCCACGAAUUGGUGCACCCCAACGAUUCCGACAUGGAGUCCACCAAGUCAGACUUGGAACAGCCCAGUCCGGCAAGUUCUAGCUCCAGCUCAGGCUUUGCUCCCACACACCACAAACGCCAAGUGGUGGACUUGAUCAUCAGAAAAAGGGUGGCUAUUCCGGACGCCACCCACACAGUACUUGGCCCGCUGCAGUCGGUGAUGCAGGAUCUGCACUCGGACGACCACGGCGACGAUUCCGAGGACGACCUCGACUUGGAUUCCGACGCCGAACGGCCGGCGCACACGCACCUCGCACACCACCAACGCAGGGUCAGUUUGAGUGACGGCAGUGAGAGUGACAGCUCUCCCCCUUCGCCGCCUUCACGCAAUGAUGUCCCGGGCUUGUUAAAGACUACAAAUAACCAGAUACUGGAGGUGAAGAGUCCCAACAAGCAGAGCAAGCAGGACAAAAACAAAAAUCUAGAUUGUGACAAGGCUUACCUCGACGAGCUGGUGGAACUGCACAAAAGACUGAUGACCUUAAGAGAAGGUCACAUACUGCAACAGAUUGUGAACCUCAUCGAAGAGACGGGCCACUUCCACAUCACAAACACUACUUUUGACUUUGACCUGUGCUCCUUGGACAGAAGUACAGUAAGGAAACUCCAGAGUUACCUGGAAACUUCCGGACUGUCCUGAAGUUCUGAGCAGCCGCCGGCUUGAUUUGUCAACAUAUGAUUUGGGGGGGGGGG